GUAUCACACAUACCUUUCAGCUAACCUCAUACUUGGUACUCUGCCAAAUAUAGCUUACGUACUGUAUACAGCAAAGACACUUGCAAACAAGAGUUGUCCUUUCUCUUCAAUAUUAUCCAGAAAUAUGCACUUGUAUUCAUGGUGCAUCCAUCAAAAUACCUAACAUCUGAUGCCAGAUCUACCAUACACAGUUUAGUCACAAAAGCCCAAAGCAUCUCAACAUUUUCAAGGGAAAAGGUGCAUCAUCUAGUGUUUGGAAACGGUGUUAAAUAUAGCAUACCAUGCCAUGUUAAACUUUGAGUCACUGACACUGUGCGCGGAAUGGGGGAGAACUGGUUUUGGCAGUUUCAAUGAGGAAAUGAUUACACACACACGCGCGCGAGCACGCAGACGGAGAAGACAGGAGGGAAGAGAGAGGCCAGACAUGUUCGAGUUGUGUCUGUUAGGAACACAUGUGGGAAAGAGAGAGAGAGAGAGAGGGACUGAAUGAAAGCAGCUGAGGAAAGCUUUCAAUGCAGAGAGGGCUCGAGGAGGAGAGGAUGAAGAGAAGAAAAGACGGAGGAAGAGAAUAGAACAGCGAUGUCUGAGGCGGACAGUCAAUCUGGAAGUAUAUCUCUGAUCCAGUCCAUGCUGCUCAGACUGAGCACUGCAGAAGACACGGAUCAACUUCCUAACAUACACACUAACACGCACCGUAACACACACCCUAACACACCCCAACACCCCAGAACCUCAGUGGAAACAGACAGGGGAUUCUAUGUGACCCCUCAGGACCACAAUAAUGCAGAGCUCAUAGUCAAAGGGAAGCUUGUUUCAGGGAUUGAGGAUGAUGAUGAUGAUAAUGAUCCACAAUUGGAAGUUCUGACUGAGAGGGACAACGGUCUGGAAUCAUCAGACAGGGAUUCAGAGGAGAGAGAAGAGGGGAAUUCCGGCAUUCUGUUUUUGAAUGCAGGAUCGAAAAAACUGGUUGAAGAGGAAACCAGUGAAUCCCCUGCUGUGAUUCCCAGAUGGGAGAGAAGGCAGUUGCUACCCUGUCCCCCUGGCCUGGAUGCCAGACCCCCGCCUCCCCCCGUUCCCCCCAAGAGGAGGGCUAAACCACCGCUACACCCUACAGGGCCACCGCCACCGCCCCCUCCACCAGCCCUCGACCCUAGCCAGAGUGCCCCUGUGUGGGGGAGAGUGGUAGGCGAGGGCCCAGGCUGUGAGCUGAGGCCUACAGGGCAUGGGAGAGGGCCUGGAGGCCAGGAGGAGGAUAUGCUGUCAUCCUCAGGGGAUAGGCUGUCUAUGUACUCAGCUGUCAUCCUCAAGUCAGAACACCGAUUCUCACAUCCCCUUCUGGAUCCUACUCUGGACUCUACAGCACAGAGGGGUGGGGGGGUGCAGCAGUUAGAGACGACUGUGUCCGUGGCAACACAGGACCCUUCCCAGCUGAGGGGGAAGGAUAUAGGGCGCCCCCCUAAAGCCUCUGAGCCGGUGGGGAUGGGGGUAAUGGGGGUACCCAAACCGUUGGAAUCGAUCGCACCCAAGCCGCUUAUACCCCAACCUCCAUACAGAAACAGAUCUCUGCCCCAGGGACCUGAGAGGAGAGCCCAGGACAGCACAGAUGGAAGUGCCUCUUCUGGGUCUGAAACGAGAGACAUCCCCCCAGACCUCCAGUCUAUACCUCCAGAGACAGAGGGAGUCAGAGAACCACCAGAGCCUAGCGAACACAUCGCAGAUGGGAGCGAGAGCUCCAGAACCCCUGCCGAGUUUCGGUGUAACACGGAGGAGGGAGGUUUGUUGGAAGGGGGGAGGAAUUUAGAAGGCACACAUGAAGUUGUGGUUCAGGACACUGCAACAUGGGGUGGUGGGGGUGUGCUUGGGUCGAAACACCCGAAUAUUAAGACAAUGAAGGGAGGAAAGGUGAAGAAAUUUGCCAAGAAGAUGAUUAGCAGAUGGAAGCAGAGUCGAGAGGAGAAGAGAGGGAAUGGAGAGAUUCAGGAGGACGACAGAGAAAAAGAGGUGAACCUCCGUCAAGAUCGACAUUCAGUCAGGUUGCAUACUAAAAUGUCCGUCAUAGAGGAAGAGGAGGACGAAGAGGAGAAGAGGAGUAGUGAGGCUGCUCCACCAAUGAUGGAGCCGCCCAGCCAAGCUGAGACGGAGAGGAAGCCUGUGGGACAGCAUGCACGUUUUCAGAGCUCCUUCAGCUCUUUCAAGUUCAACUUUAGUCCCAUCAGCUUGGUGGACGAGAUUCUAACAGGAGAGGAGUGGUCACCAUUCCUGUCCAUUAAGAACGGUCCCGCCCCCUCACCGUCCGUUUACCAAUCAGAGGCUGCUUGCCAACACGGUGGUGAUGAAGGCGACCAAUUUAAGACUGAACCAGAGUCGCGCCUCCCCAACGACGUUCAACAUAACCACGAGGACAUAGGCCAUUCUUUAUAUGAGGAUGUUCACUUCAGCCAAACAAGUCCGAAGGAGAUUGUGGACAACCAAUCGGACAACAGACAACAGGAAGUAGACAACAACAAUGACACUGGAGCUGAUGCCAUUUCUGUCAUCAAACCGAAGAUACUAUUGGACAAUGAUGCAGCGGAGGAGAGUGAGUUGGACCACUCCAGACCCAUAUCUAAGGACAUCCAUGACUCUAAGUCCCCCAUAAGGAACCAAUCGAAGGACCAUCUUGACUUGUCCUGUGUUAAGUCCCUUGGAGUUCUGGACAGUUCUGCUCAGAAACAUAAAAUUCGUCUGAGCAAAAAGAGAAAGCACAGACUUCCGGGGCUAAAGACUAGAAAGACCUUCAGGAUAAGACGCACUGCAAUCAAAGCCCCUGAAAUCAAAUUCCUCAAACCCUCUCCUCCUCCCACCCUCUCUCCCACAUCACCCCCUUCUUCCUGCUCCUCUACCUCCUAUGUCUUUCCGUCCUCUGUUUUCUACAACAUCCCUCCGUCCGCUGAAGAACAGGACCCUGUGACAACACCGACACAGGACAACCUCUCUGUUGAGACCACUGAAAGCAGCAGAAAGCCAGAUUCAAGUCCCAAGCCACCUCUGUCCAAGUUCUUGACAGCCCUGAGAGACAAAACCAAGAGGAAGUAACCCAUAGCUGCUUCUACUAGCCCCUACCUGCACCCUACCUAUAGGUCCUACCUGCACCCUACCUCUAGGCCCUACCUGCACCCUACCUAUAGGUCCUACCUGCACCCUACCUAUAGGUCCUACCUGCACCCUACCUCUAGGCCCUACCUGCACCCUACCUAUAGGUCCUACCUGCACCCUACCUAUAGGUCCUACCUGCACCCUACCUCUAGGCCCUACCUGCACCCUACCUAUAGGUCCUACCUGCACCCUACCUAUAGGUCCUACCUGCACCCUACCUCUAGGUCCUACCUGCACCCGACCUCUAGGUCCUACCUGCACCCUACCUCUAGGCCCUACCUGCACCCUCCCUCUAGGUCCUACCUGCACCCUACCUCUAUCCCCUACCUGCACCCUACCUCUAGAUCCUACCUGCACCCUACCUCUAGGCCCUACCUGCACCCUACCUCUAGGCCUACCUGCACCCUACCUAUAGCCCCUACCUGCACCCUACCUCUAUCCCCUACCUGCACCCUACCUCUAUCCCCUACCUGCACCCUACCUCUAGCCCCUACCUGCACCCUACCUCUAGGCCCUACCUGCACCCUACCUCUUGGCCCUACCUGCACCCUACCUAUAGGUCCUACCUGCACGCUACCUCUAGGUCCUACCUGCACACUACCUCUAGGCCUACCUGCACCCUACCUAUAGCCCCUACCUGCACCCUACCUCUAUCCCCUACCUGCACCCUACCUCUUGGCCCUACCUGCACCCUACCUAUAGGUCCUACCUGCACACUACCUCUAGGCCCUACCUGCACACUACCUCAAGACCCUACCUGCACCUUACCUCUAUCCCCUACCUGCACCCUACCUCUAGGCCCUACCUGCACCCUACCUCUAGGCCCUACCUGCACCCUACCUCUAGGCCCUACCUGCACCCUACCUCUAGGCCCUACCUGCACCCUACCUCUAGGCCCUACCUGCACCCUACCUCUAGCCCCUACCUGCACCCUACCUCUAGGCCCUACCUGCACCCUACCUCUAGCCCCUACCUGCACCCUACCUCUAGGCCUACCCGCACCCAGUGGUGUAAAAAUACUUUAAAGUACUACAUAAGUAGUUUUUGGGGGUAUCUGUACAGUCAUGGCCAAACAUUUUGAGAAUGACACAAAUAUUAAUUUCCACAAAGUUCACUGCUUCAGUGUCUUUAGAUAUUUUUUUCAGAUGUUACUAUGGAAUACUGAAGUAUAAUUACAAGCAUUUCAUAAGUGUCAAAGGCUUUUAUUGACAAUUAUAUGAAGUUGAUGCAAAGAGUCAAUAUUUGCAGUGUUGACCCUUCUUUUUCAAGACCUCUGCAAUCCGCCCUGGCAUGCUGUCAAUUAACUUCUGGGCCACAUCCUGACUGAUGGCAGCCCAUUCUUGCGUAAUCAAUGCUUGGAGUUUGUCGGUUUUUGUUUGUCCACCUGCCUCUUGAGGAUUGACCACAAGUUCUCAAUGGGAUUAAGGUCUGGGGAGUUUCCUGGCCAUGGACCCAAAAUAUCGAUGUUUUGUUCCCCGAGCCACUUAGUUAUCACUUUUGCCGUAUGGCAAGGUGCUCCAUUGUGCUGGAAAAGGCAUUGUUCGUCACCAAACUGUUCCUGGAUGGUUUGGAGAAAUUGCUCUCGGGGGAUGUGUUGGUACCAUUCUUUUUUCAUGGCUGUGUUCUUAGGAAAAAUUGUGAGUGAGCCCACUCCCUUGGCUGAGAAGCAACCCCACAGAUGAAUGUUCUCAGGAUACUUUACUGUUGGCAUGACACAGGACUGAUAGUAGCGCUCACCUUGUCUUCUCAGAACAAGCUUUUUUCCGGAUGCCCCAAACAAUUGGAAAGGGGAUUCAUCAGAGAAAAUUACUUUACCCCAGUCCUCAGCAGUCUCUAUCCCCUACCCUGUACCUUUUGCAGAAUAUCAGUCUGUCCCUGAUGUUUUUCCUGGAGAGAAGUGGCUUCUUUGCUGCCCUUCUUGACACCAGGCCAUCCUCCAGAAGUCUUCGCCUCACUGUGCAUGCAGAUGCACUCACACCUGCCUGAUGCAAUUCCUGAGCAAGCUCUGUACUGGUGGUGCCCUGAUCCCGCAGCUGAAUCAACUUUAGGAGACGGCCCUGGCGCUUGCUGGACUUUCUUGGGCACCCUGAAGCCCUCUUUACAACAAUUGAACCGCUCUCCUUGAAGUUCUUGAUGAUCCGAUAAAUGGUUGAUUUAGGUGCAAUCUUACUGGCAGCAAUAUCCUUGCCUGUGAAGCCCUUUUGUGCAAAGCAAUGAUGACAGCACGUGUUUCCUUGCAGGUAACCAUGGCUGACAGAGGAAGAACAAUGAUUCUAAGCACCACCCUCCUUUUGAAGGUUCCAGUCUGUUAUUCGAACUCAAUCAGCAUGACAGAGUGAUCUCCAGCCUUGUCCUCGUCAACACUCACAUCUGUGUUAACGAGAGAAUCACUGACAUGAUGUCAGCGGGUCCUUUUUGUGGCAGGGCUGAAAUGCAGUGGCAAUAUUUUUGGAGAUUCAGUUCAUUUGCAUGGCAAAGAGGGACUUUGCAAUUAAUUGCAAUUCAUCUGAUCACUCUUCAUAACUUUCUAGAGUAUAUGCAAAUUGACAUCAUUUAAACUGAGGCAGCAGGCUUUGUGAAAAUUUAUAUUUGUGUCAUUCUCAAAAUUUUUGGCCACAACUGUAUUUUACUUUACUAUUUAUAUUUUUGCCAACUUUACUUUUACUUCACUACAUUCCUAAAGAAAAUAAUGUACUUUUUACUCCAUACAUUUUCCCUGACACCCAAAAGUACUUGUUACAUUUUGACAGGAAAAUGGUCCAAUUCACUCACUUAUCAAGAGAACAUCCCUGGUCAUCCCUACUGCCUCUGAUCUGGCAGACUCACUAAACACAAAUGCUUUGUUUGUAAAUGAUGUCUGAGUGUUGGAGUGUCCCUGGCUAUCUGUCAAUAAAAAUAUAAUUGUG